UCAUUUUGACAACCCUGCGGCCCUCGCAUGCUCACAUGUCGCAAAUGCUAUUCAUUUCAUUGUUUACUUUGAUGCUAGAGUCCGAGCACGUUGAUUAUCGCGAACAGAUAACAGUUAUCCAUCUCCUUUGUCCUUUUGUAAUCAAGUCCAAUAGCACCAAUAUUAAAUCAUGGAUACUCCAGCAAUCGGAAUAGACUUGGGCACGACGUAUUCUUGUGUUGGUGUUUUCCAGCAUGAAAAAGUUGAAAUCAUCGCUAAUGAUCAAGGUAAUAGAACUACACCGAGUUAUGUCGCCUUCACAGAUGACGAAGUUUUAAUUGGAGAUGCAGCCAAAAAUCAAUCAUCGAGAAACGUGGACAACACUAUUUUCGAUGUCAAACGAUUAAUGGGUCGUAAAUUCGACGAUGUGGUAGUCCAGGCAGAUAUGAAGAACUGGUCAUUCCAGGUUAUAAAUGAAAACAACAAACCGAAAAUAAAAGUUGAAAUCGAAGGUACUUCGAAAACUUAUUUUCCGGAGGAAAUAUCGUCGAUGGUGUUGAGAAAAAUGAAAGAGACUGCCGAAGCUUAUCUUGGUAAAACGGUCAAAAAUGCUGUAAUCACAGUGCCAGCUUAUUUCAACGAUUCUCAGAGAGGGGCUACCAUAGAUGCCGCAGAGAUUGCUGGUUUAAAGGUGUUGCGUAUCAUCAAUGAACCUACUGCUGCAGCCAUUGCUUACGGUUUACAAUACAAAAAUUCCGACGAGCAAAACGUAUUGAUUUUCGAUCUUGGCGGUGGAACUUUCGAUGUAUCGAUUGUGGCUAUCCAGAAAGGCGUUUUCGAAGUCAUCUCGACUGCUGGUGAUACUCACUUGGGCGGUGAAGAUUUUGACAACAGAAUGGUUAAUCAUUUCGUUGAAGAAUUCAAACGAAAGUACGAUAAAGAUCUCAGUGGUAAUAAGAAAUCAUUGCGUCGCUUAGGACUCGUUUGCGAACGAGCAAAAAGAACUUUAUCGUCGACCACUAUAGCCAGUAUCGAAAUAGAUUCGCUUUACGAUGGCAUUGAUUUCCACUGUUCGAUUUCUCGAGCUCGUUUUGAAGAAUUGAACGCUGACUACUUUCGAAAUGCGAUGGCGUUGGUUGAAAAAACGAUUCAAGAUGCUGAAAUUAACAAAACUGAAAUUGAUCACGUCAUCUUAGUUGGUGGCUCAUCUCGCAUCCCAAAGAUUCAGAAAAUGUUGCAGGAUUUCUUUGACGGGAAGGAAUUGUACGAAUGGAUUAAUCCGGACGAAGCUGUUGCAUACGGAGCUGCCGUUCAAGCUGCGAUAUUGAACGGCGAUAAAGCAGAAGUGGUGCGAGAUGUGGUUCUUUUUGACGUUACGCCACUUUCGUUGGGUGUUAAUGUUAAACCUAAUGACGAAAUGAGCGUGGUUAUCAAACGUAACACUGCCAUUCCAGCGAGACAAACGAAAAUUUUUACAACACAGAUAGAUAAUCAAAGGGCAAUAUCUUUCAAAGUAUACGAAGGUGAAUUCGUAAAAAGCGAACAUAAUCAUUUACUAGGUCAGUUUGUACUUUCCGGUGUCCCUCCUGCACCUGCUGGCAAAGCUAGAGUCGACGUAACAUUCGAAAUAGAUGUCAAUGGUAUCUUAAAUGUCACUGCCAUUGAAAAAUCGACCGGUAGCAUGAAUCAAAUCAGCAUCACGUAUGACAGGGGUCGUCUGAACAAGAAUGAAAUUCAACGUAUGAUCAACGACGCUGAAAAAAAUCGAAUAAUCGAAAUGAAACGAAAAGAUAUAUUAGCCACCAAAAGAGCUUUGGAAUCGUAUUGUGUCAAUAUGAAGAGCAUUGUGCAAGAUGAUAAACUGAAAGACAGAAUCGAUAUAUUUGAUAAGAAUUUGAUUUUGAAAAAAUGCAACGAAACCAUUCUGUGGUUGAAUACUGACAAAUUGGCUGAGAAGGAAGUAUACGAACGCAAACAAGCUGAAUUAAAAAGCGUAUUCGAUAUUAUUAUUGCGAUUGCUAGCUGCCCUGAUAAAGUAAAUGACAAAUAUUACGAAAUAUUGAAGCUUUCAAAAAAUGCUUCCCAAAAGGAAAUCAUAACGGCCUUCAGGGAAAUCGGUGGUAAAUAUCACCCAGAUAAAUACGAAGGAGACAAAGAAAUUGCAAAUAUGUAUUGGAUAACCGUUCUGCGAGCAAAAAAUGCCCUCAUCAAUCUGAUAAAAGGGAUAUCCCGUAAUUAAAUCAGUGCAUGUGAAUGGGUCAAAUCCGAAGCUCAAAUAAUUUAAUCGCCCUUCAAGAUUCUAUUGAUUUCAACGCUAUUGCCAUGUCUCUCACGUUUGCGGUAAAUUCAAAAGUCCGAUGAGUUCCAAGUUUCCAUUUACGUCGUGUAUUUGGAUAUUUUUUAUGCUGGUUUUUGUAAGUACAUACAUACGUAUUUUAGGCAUUUCAUUCAAUUAUGGCACAGUCUGUAGUAGCCGGCAUCUGCGAUAAACAGAUUGGAGGUUGAAUUUAUUUAUAUAUGAUAAGUAUAGGUACCUAACUAUUAUAAGCGUGUUGCUUGUGCGUUUUAAUUUUUCAUUUUAUAUUAUUCUUUACUUGCAAUUAUGAUCGCUGAGAAUGAAAAAUGUACGAAAGACUUGAAUGAUUUGAUACAUAUUUUUUAGUAAAAUAGUGAUACCAGCGCGUUGCUUACCUAUAGUAGGUAACUGCGCUAUAAUCUAGUUAUAUGGGUAUGUUUUGGUAAUUUUUCUACGAAUAAUAAGUUUUUUUCAUUUAAA